AACAUUUUAAGUUAAAAGCUUCGCUUGAUAAAUUACCGUAAAUAAAACAUUGACACUUUUAGGUAUCACAGCCUAUCAUUUAAAGGGUACAUACUCGUGCAUAGUCGAUUUUAUGCAGUACUUUCAUAAACUGUGUAUACUUAUAUAUCUAUGGCGUACACCAUACAGUGUAUAGUGGUUGCGUUCUGACAGUACAACAUAAGAUGAAGACGAAGAGAAGGAUUUAUAAGUUUAUUGGAAUAAAUCAGUGAUGGAUUUUGAAUAAAUUUUUUCUGAUUACCGCGAAUCUAUGACCAUCGUUUAAGUUGUGUUUUUUCUUCUUUUCUUUUUUCGCGAUCAAUACGUUAUCUGUAUUUAUCGUCGCGUAACUUUUCGAGAAAAAUUUAAUUUGGUUUUUGUAAUCGUAAUGGAACGUAUCGAUAACAAGUAAAAAUCAUGAAACAGUGAACAAUGAGAAAUUUAAAUAUUAAUAAAUUAUAAUGUUUUUCAACUUGCACGAUCUAUCAUGGAAAUAUUAGUAAAUAAUGAUUAUCUUUUAUGGGCAUUGAUCGUUCAGGAUAAAACGAAUAAGUUGCAAAUUUUCAAAUGUACCAGAUCAAGAACGUCAGAAAUUUGUUUAACCUAUUAAAAGUAAUUUAGUGAAAAGGUAAAAGAGUACUUUUUAUUUAAAUUUCGUUCGAUUUAAUUGGAAUUUGGAUCUCCAGUUCAAGCAAAGAGACGUACAAAGUAUUUUUUAUAAAUAAUUGGAACAGAAUUGAAAACGGAUAGUUGGGAAAAGUUGAUACGUAUUAAAGAGUCAAGAUGAGUAUUCAGUUGGACAUUGUAAUAAGGCCAGAGAUUCGCUUAGACGCGAAAUGGCUCAAAACAGACUUGAAGCGUUUACUGUAUCGCGACGGUUUGGCAGAACUCUGGAACGAAAUGGUUCGUGACGGCGAAAUUGUAGGUUCCUUUAGCGACGGUCUCAUUAACGCUGCUGGUAUAAUAGCUAAGAAAGGCGAAAGCGGCCAUUAUUAUUGUAACAUGAGGGUUUUAUCGUGUCUGUGUUGCGACGGAAUAUGCGGUCCGCAUCGUGGCUGCAAUUGCGGACCUUGCCAAAAAUUGGACGAAGAAGAAGCAGCGAGAGCGAAUAAGCUAGUAGAAAAAAGCAUGCCAAGCCAACAAGUGAUCGAUUCGUGGCUUUGGGGUCCUCAACCAUCUAUUUGCGAUCUAACAACAUGUAUUGAUUUAUUGAUCAAGGAACAAAGAAAACUGUGUUACGAAGUCGCAAACAGUACAUUAUCUGCUACACGAUUACGACAACGUUUAGUAGUAGCGCGUCGAUACUUGACAGCUCUUUCACGUCAUAAACCGCAGGAGACCAAAGAGAUUCCGGCAUCGCCAAAACCUGCUACUAAAUUACAGAAAAUUGUCAGACCGAACGAGAAAGCAACGUUGGGCUUAGCACGAGUAGGAUCUCGCGCAGCGUUAAAUUUUUCGUUCGCGUACUUGCGACGAGCGUGGAGAUCCGGGGAGGAUAUAGAAUUUUGUAGCGAACUUUUAUCCGAAUCGCUGGAAGCAUUACAGUCGCUGCCCGAGGCUACGCUAUUCGACGAGAACAACGUAUCUCAAGUUUGGUUGGAAGUGGUGGAGCGAUCGGCGAAGUUUCUGCGACAAGUUGUUACAGGAGAGAUAGUUAACGGGAGAUCGUGGUGUCCUAUUCCGUUAGCAGAUCAACAUACGGCUCUUUGCCUGUUGCUGGAAUUGGUAACGCAGCGAGCUACGCUGUCGAGUUUGUUGGAUUCCGUUUGUUUGUUGCUUCAAUUAAGCGGUAAACAUAAGCAUCAGGACAAUCGCGUAAUGCCACCUGGAAGCAUGGCACCUUUGGUGCCAUUGUUGAGGAGAUUGAACGCGAUUCCAGCUUUAAAAUCAAGACGAACAGACGUGAACGUGACACCGGGUCCUUGCGAAGUUUUACUAAAGUAUUUAAGAUUACCCGAGGAUGACUCGACGUCGGUCGAUUUACGGAAAGCAGCAGUAAUUAUAAUGUGCAAUUUAAGCAGGCUAGCCGCGCCUCUGUUACCACCGAUCGUUACCGAUAGAUUCUUGAAGAAUCAAAGUCAAACGCUUCAGGAAGUGUUAGCUUGGGGUAGCGUGAAAUUCGGCGGUACUGGCUCGUCUCCGUUUUAUUGCGACGCGAUCGCAGAGCUCGGUAUCAAACAGCUUUGCUGUACCGAAAGAGCAUUGAUGAUUCUUUCUACCAGCGGGAACGUCUACAUGAUGUAUUAUGGAUCGGAGACUCAAUAUCCUCAAAGAGUGUACGGGUUUUCCGAUAAAUUUGUCGCGAUGAUCGCAUCCCAUCCGGACGGAAAACAUUACUUGGCAUUGACGGAAGACAGUUCCGUGUAUUCGUGGGGUAACGGAGACGGCGGUCGAUUGGGACACGGAGACAGAACAUGGUACGAGGAGCCGAAGUUGAUCGAAUCGUUGGUCGACAAGAACAUCACGUUCAUAGCGUGCGGAAGCACAUAUUCGGCGGCACUUAGCUCGAACGGCGAAUUGUAUACCUGGGGACGAGGUAAUUACGGCAGAUUGGGUCACGGAAAUUCGGACGACGUAAUGGUUCCCACGUUGGUAAGCGCCCUUAACGGUCACAUGAUCGUGUACGUGGCAUGCGGUAGCGGCGAUUCUCAAACGCUAUGCGUAACCGCGUCCGGUAUCGUGUUUUCUUGGGGUGACGGUGAUUACGGGAAGCUCGGUAGAGGAGGUUGCAACGGAUCUAAAACACCGAAGAUAGUCGACAAAUUGUUGGACAUAAACGUAGCAAAAGUGUAUUGCGGCGGACAAUUUUCGGCUGCGUUGACCGCGUACGGGGAAGUGUACACAUGGGGAAAAGGAGAAGCGUAUCGUUUAGGUCACGGUAACGAGGAGCACGUGAGAUAUCCGAAAGCGAUCGAAGCGUUGAAAACGAAGAAGGUGAAAGAGUUGUGCGUCGGAAGUUUACACGUGCUCGCGUUGACGGAGGACCAAUUGGUUUACGGAUGGGGUAGGAACGAUUACGGUCAAAUAGAUCCAGCAUUGGGCACCAUCGUGUCGGAGCCGACGCUGUGCCCGACUCUGUCCGGAAAGAACGUGAUCGGUUUGGUGUGCGGACCGACGCAAAGUUUCGCAUGGUGUACGUCGGCUUGGUCGGUCGCGAGCCGAGUAGCUUUCGUCGUGGAUAUUUGCGAGGACACCUUUCGGCUGUUGGACACGUUGUUGAGCAAGGCUUGCGAAGGGUUGCCGAGCACCCGACCGCCUACCCAGGAUCGCGAGUGUUUGGCGGUAGCCACGUUGAACUUGAUCCGGUUGCAACUGCACACGAUGAUAACGCACAACAUCGACUGCAAAUCGAUCGGAUUAGCUGGUAGUCCGUUGUUGAAUUCGUUGAAACAACGAUGCGUCACGCUCGCGAGUAGCGUGGGAAUUCUAGCGACUAUUCAGGAAGCGGCUCAAGCUGUUUUACAAACCGGUUGGAGUAUUCUGUUGCCGACGGCGAACGAACGCGCCAAGACUCUAUCGAAUUUCUUAUCGAAAGCGAACGGUAAUUUGGAACAGUUGAAUGCGACCAACAAUAACAAUAACAUUAAUAACAGCAACAAUAACAAUAACAACGGCGUCAGCGGUAGCAGCAGCAGCGGCAGCAGCAGCAGCAGUAGCAGCAGCGGCAGUAGCAUUAACAGUAAUAACGGUCAACAGUUUAUGGCCGAUUUACUCGUUUCGAGUUUAAUGGCGGACGGCGGUCUGGAAUUGGCGUUGAAGACCGCCGUGAAAGCGGAGACGACGGACGCCGCCGACGAAAAGGAGUUUCUCGCGAUAAAUAAAUCGAGCGACGCGAAGCAAACGAAAGAAUUGAAUUCGGAAAAGAACAACGCUACGAUAUCGUUGCUACAGUUGGUGAAACAGUUGAUCAAGAACGGCAGUUGUAUUACGAAAUCGCGAUUGGCGGCCGCCGAACAAUCGGAUCGUGCGUCCGAGGAGUCUCAAAGGAGGGACAGUUACCCGAGUUUGAAUCUUUUGUUGAAGUUUCAACGGCUGUUGAUCGGUCAGGUGUACGAGUGCAUCAACGAGCCUGGUACAAAAAAUUGCCGCGAUCAGGAGAUGCUCGGUGCGGAAUCGCUUUUGAAGAAGUACAUCUCGCAGAUUUCCGUCCACGUGAUCGAGGUGAUGUCGCUGGCGGCGGAACUGGCAAAUACCGGUAUCAAGCGGUUCGUCGCCGUUACCACCGUCCUUAGGGGCGAUAUCGUGAACGUUCUAUUGCCCGAAUUAGUUACCUGUCUAAUCUUGCUGCAGUUGGAUCAUCCGAUGUUGCUGCUGAACACGAAUUGGAUGGAAAUAAUGACUCCGAUGUUGGACGCGCUCGAUCAGUUCAACAAAUUGGUACCGACGAUCGAUAAGAACGAAAUAGACGAUCUGUCUUGGCCGGGAAUCAUAGCCCCGCAACACGGAAACAAAGUAUCGAUCUCGGAAGAACCGUCGGUCGUUCGUUGGGCCGAUCUGGAGAAUCAUAAUCGCGACGGCGGCCUUUGGGUGGUGGUAAACAACAACGUGUACGACGUGCAGGAUGCCCGUUUGGACGGAAAAUCGAAUUCGUUGGAAGGAUUGCAAAGAAGCGUUGCCGGUAGUUGGGAGGGCGGUGCCGCCGGCGCGGACGUGACCGCCGUAGUCCGUGGCCAAUUACCGCGAACAAUGAUGGAUUCUUACUUUGUCGGGCAUUAUUGUCACUCCGAGCCGGAGAACGCCGAAAUUACCGUCGACGUUACGGACGCGUGUUCCUCGUUGCUCGACACGGAGAGAGCGUUAGCCUUUCUGUUGGGGCUACACGCGCACCGAAUGCGGCAGAGUUUACCGUUACAAACGGCCGAAGAGGAAGCCGGCGUUUGGUUGCACGCGAAUUUCCUACGGGGCGGAUUGCAGAUCCUCCAACCACCGAAUCCUUACGAGGAGGAAAAGGACGAGGCGAGAAGCAACACCUCUACGGCCGCGAACUCGCCGACCGAACCAGCCUCGGUUCCCGUACGUACCAAGAACGAGCUACAAAAGGAAAAGGAGGAUCGAGUGACGGCGUUCGUCUACGCGUUAGCCGAGACUCACAAUCGUACCGAUCCGCAAGUUCAAACGUUCUUGAGCAUUGUCGAGAAAUACUCGAAGGCUAACAACCUGUUGGCGCACAUCGAUUUUUACGGCGAUCACCCGGUCGAAGAGGUUAGCCGAUUAUUGAUGGCAGUUAUCGUGAAGCAUCUCGCUUUGGGUAAUCAGGCGAUCAGCUUGAUCGAUCAGGAGAUCGGUAACGAGAACGGCGCGAGGCUAACGAAGCCGUUGGCCGAAAUGGUAAGAGCGAUUCAUCAAACGAAAUGGAAUUUGAUCAGGAUCAGACAGCAACAGAAUAGAAGUUACAAAGAGGUUUGCGCGCCGGCACAAGAGAAAUGUAGAUUCCUUCUGCACGAGGUGCGUUCGGCUACCAGUUACGAGAUGAAGGGAUUACGAGACCUGAAAUUGUUGUACGCUGCGCCGAGAUUCAAGAGAAUCGUUCGGACGGUGAUCAGGGACAUUCGAAAGAACCGGGAGUCGCCGAGCAAACCGGAGGACAUCGUGAACGCGUCGAUUCAGAACGCGAAGAUUAAAAGUAAAUCGGACGAGGACACGACACCGAAAGAAGCGAAGCCGCCGUCCUCGCCGAGGUUCGAGAAUCUGUUGGACGCGAAGAAAACGUUCGGCAAAAUAACCGAAAGGAUCAGACAGCGAACGCUGAACAUCGAUUCGAACGAGUUGAUGACGAGUAUAAUUAAUUUCGUGAUUACCGAGGACGGAGGAGAUGUCGAGACGUUACGCAGAGCCAUGUAUUGUCAGAUGCAACGCGCGAAAUUGCGCGAACAGGGAAUCCUGAUGAUGCAACAGUUAUUGAGAAAGGACUGUUUGAUCACGUCGGUGAAGUAUUCGUUGCUGAACGGUUGGCUCGGCUUGUCUCACGAGAACAAGUUUUUGGCUGACGGGAUAACUCACUGUCUGGAAAAUAUUCGAUCGAUAACGCCGUAUCAAAAAUCGAAGAUCGUAUUAGCCGAGGCGGAGGUGACGUCGUGGGCCGUUCAAGCUUUGCGGGCGUUCGUCGUACAGGCGGAAGUGCCCACCAAGCCGAAAGUUAGCGACAAGAGCAGCUUGAAUCAAGGGACGUACACGUGGUUGAGAAAAUUGCCCAGAGCAAGAUUCUUACUGACGAUAUUGGGUAUGCUGUCGAAUUAUCGAGACGCGAACGAAAUCGGGUUACUGAUCAAUUCGGGCACGAUAUCGAGCAUCUUGACGUUGCUCAGGCAGAUCGGACCUUGCGCGUUCGCGAACGAAUCGAAGACGAAGGAGGCGAUCACGGCCAUAUACGAGGACAGUCUGGAAAAGACGAAGCCGCCGAGCGUGCAGCCGAACGGUAUGGAAUUGGCGGCUCUGAUGAAGAUCGGGACGAGAGUAGUCCGCGGCGUCGAUUGGAAAUGGGGAGAUCAAGACGGUCCGCCACCGGGCGAGGGUCGAGUGAUAGGCGAGCUCGGCGAGGACGGUUGGAUCCGAGUGCAAUGGGACAACGGUACCACCAACUCGUACCGCAUGGGCAAAGAGGGCAAAUACGAUUUGAAGCUAGUGGAACCACCUACGCCACCCGAAACCGACAGCGACGUCGAUUCACCGUUGGACGUGGCGGCUGGCGGCGUGACCGUCUCUAAAACGGAGAAAAAGAACGAUUGCACGGACGUGCAUCCGACCACUUGUCUCAAGUCCGCCUCCGUAACCGUGUUGAGGAUCGUGUUGCUCUGUUGCGGCAUCGAGGCCGACAGAGUAUCUCCUUCCGCCGUCAAGAUACUCGCUUCGGUUUUACGCGGUAUCAUAUCGUCCGCGUACAAACACAACUUUAGCGCCCAGUCGCAGCUAGCGAGAGAACAUCACGAAAGUUGGGCGAGCCUCGGAUUGUUGAGAGCGAUCGGCAAGUCUCAGGAAUUGUGCAAAUCGUUGAGCACCAACGCGUGGAUCGAUUUUCUGUUAAACGUCAUCGCCGAGGAGGCUAACCCUAAUUUGGAGAAACAAAUAAUGGCGGUGCGUUUGUUAGCUGCCGUCUUACCAUCUUGGUCCGGCGAUAAUCCAAACAUGACGCCGUUACUCGAGAAAAUAUUUCGCAUAUUGGGACACAUCGCGCUCGCCUGUGACCUCGGUACUUCGUCGGAGCUUUAUUCGAACAAAUGUCGAGUAUCCCUGACCGCUUCCCAUUGUUCGACCGUCGCGGAAGAACUGGUCUCGUUGAUUCGACGUUUGCAUUCGCUAUCGAAAUGGAACCCGACCUUGAACGCGUUUCUCGCCUCGAAGUUGUCGCUGGCCUCCGACUUGUUGAGCGACGGCCCGUUGUUUCACAUCCAGGUGAACGAGAACGGAGGGGAGAACAGCGUGCAUAUCCAAGAUACCGUGAUGGCCGCUCUGAUCGUGGUAGGAGGACUCGACGAUAGGCCGAGAAUCGGCGGUUUGGUCGACGUCGAGGGACAAAUUGGUACGAUAUGUAAAUUUACCGGACACUCGAAGAUUCUGGUACAGAUGCACGACGAGAACGAUACGCGCAAGAAGGUUCCGUUCUUCGCGAUCAAACGUGUCGGCGAGAAAUUUCGUUUGGAUCGAAUGUCCCUGCCGGAUUCUUUCGUGCCCGUUUGGGCCAACUUGUUGUUGGGUUAUCAGGGGAUGGACAAGAGACCAAACGGCAUGCCCGUGAUAGCCGGCGCAGUGAACUCGUCCAUCUUGCGCGUUCAACAGCAACAGCUCGCCGCGUUGAACGCCGGGAAAGCCUUGCUGGAUCACCAGACGAAACUUCGCAGGGUUUUGAGGUACGCGAUCAAUAAGAACAACGACGAUAUCGGUUGCUGCGAGGAGAACAGCAGCGUGAUCGGUAUUGCCGGAGCUACCGUUCUUCUCGACGAUCACGGUCAGAGUCAGGAUCAGGAGCUCGAACACGAUCGCGACUAUCGGUCUGAUCGUAACGAGGAUAACAACGAAGUCGAGGAGAACGGCGACGAGGAGGGCGAGAUCGACGGCGACAACGAUAGGGAAAACCGCGAAUCCGGCCGUAAUCGAAUUCGCGUCGAUCGAGACGGCGACGGCGACAGCGACGGAACGAACGACUCGAACGAGGCGACCGAAGCGAACGUAACCGAAGCGAACGAGGAGAACGACGAGGACGGUAACAGCAGCGUCAGCGGUAAAGACGGUUGUCGGCCGAAACGCGUUACCUUGUUCCAAGAAAUGUUGACGCGCGCUACGCGACCGCAACCGUUGAAGCCCAUAUUCAAACGCAAAGAAUUGGAGGAGGCCGCGUUAGCGGUCUCUCAAUAUUUGGCCUCGGAGCUGAGACACUCGCCGAUUCAACGGACAGGCCUGUUCUCGGAGCCGGAUUCUCCCGCGUCCGAUUGUUCUCUGGUGUCUCUGACGUCCAGUCAGAAGAAGCACUGCAAAAGCAACGGAAGAAAAAGCCCUCCGGCCACGAGUCCGUUAGUGGCGCAAUUGAUAGAGAUGGGCUUUCCGAAGAGAAGCGUGGAAUUCGCGAUCAAGAGUCUGAGCACGGCCGUUGGAUUUAUCACGGCGGAAAGCGUGGUGGCGUGGCUGCUCGAAAAUCCAGAGGCCGCUUUGAGCGACAGCGAAACGUUGUCGAGCGUGUACGGAUUAUCGGAUCCGGAGGAUUCGGCCAGCGAUAAUCUCGACGACUCGCCGUCGACGCACGAGCCUGUAUCCUCGAGCGUGCCGCCCAACUACAUGAAGCGAUCCGAUUUCCUCUGGGUCGACGAAUACGCGAUCUACGUGCGAGACAAUCUGAUUCCCGGUAUGUUGGUGCGAUGUUGCAAGAGCUACGAGGAAGUCGAAUACGGAGACGUCGGUCAAGUGAUUAAAGUCGACCCGGAAGGAUUGCACGAUCUGAAUGUUCAAGUUGCCUGGCAGCGCAAAGGAGGCACCUAUUGGGUCAGGUUCAUUCACAUCGAACUGUUGGGCCAUCCGCCGACGACUCCGGGUCCCGCCGCGCUCAAGAUCGGCGAUAAAGUGCGAGUGAAAGCCUCGGUGACCGUGCCGAAGUACAAAUGGGGAUCGGUGAAUCAUCAGAGCGUCGGCGUGGUAACCGGCAUAAUAAAUAACGGCAAAGACGUGUCGGUCGAUUUCCCGCAGCAGAGCGGUUGGACAGGUUGCUCGAUAGAAAUGGAGAGGGUGCCAUCUUGCCAUCAUUCGGUCGCGUGCAAUUCUUGUCAUCUUCUGCCGAUAUCCGGUCCUCGAUUCAAGUGCAAGUACUGCGACAGCUACAACUUGUGCGAGAACUGCUUCUACACGAAACGGUGUCAUCGACACGGAUUCAAUCGAAUCGCCGAACCAGGAUCGGCGGCGGUGUACGCCGGCAAACCGGGCAGGUAUCAUAGGCAAGAGUUGACGGAAUCUUCGUUGAUUCACGACUGGUCCAAGUGUAUUCGAACGCUGAGCGUGUCUUCGCGGGAGAAUUGGGCGACGCGGCUGGUCAACGAGUCCGGACAGUAUUGGCAGAGUUGCGGUUUACAAGGGAAGCAUUGGAUCCGAAUGGAAAUGUUCCCGGGCAUUUUGGUCCACUCGUUGAAGAUCGCGGUGAAUCCGCAGGACAGCAGCUACAUGCCGUCGCUGAUAGCGGUGAACGUCGGCGACUCGUUCAACGAUCUGGUAGAAUUAGCGAUAAUAAGCGUGCGACACACCGACACCAGCGUCUCGUUGCUCCAGGACACCAAGAAAUAUUACCCUUGCAUCGAAAUAGCUAUAAAACAGUGCCGGAACGGUGGCAUCGAUUGCAAGAUACACGGACUUCAGAUAAUCGGUAAGAGGAAAACGUACGAAAAUCAGUUGGCAACGUCCGUGUCGUUCCUGGCUUCGGACUGGGAGAUCGUUCAGGAGCAGGCAAGCUCGCAGCGCGGUGUCGAGACGCCGCAACACUCGGCCGUUUACGUUUGGGGACUGAACGACAAGGAUCAACUGGGCGGUUUAAAAGGAUCGAAGAUCAAGUUGCCCGUUUACAGCGAGUCUCUUUCGAAGUUGAAGCCCGUUCACAUCGCCGGUGGUAGCAAGACUCUGUUCGUGGUUAGCCAAGAGGGAAAGUUGUACGCCUGCGGAGAAGGUACGAACGGUCGACUGGGUCUCGGCGACGACGGUAACGCGUGCGAGCCGAAACCUAUACCGUUCUUGAGUCAAUACGUGAUAAAGAAAGUAGCGGUCCACUCGGGCGGGAAACACGCGUUGGCCCUCACGCAGGACGGCCGGGUAUUCUCGUGGGGCGAAGGAGAAGACGGUAAACUGGGUCACGGGAAUUGUUCGUCGUUGGACAAGCCAAGAUUGAUCGAGUCCCUCAAGUCGAAGAGGAUACGGGACGUCGCCUGUGGAUCCGGUCACUCGGCCGCCAUAACCAGCAGCGGUGAACUAUACACUUGGGGUCUGGGCGAGUACGGAAGAUUGGGCCAUGGAGACACGAAUACGCAGCUGAAGCCAAAAUUGGUUCAGUCUCUUGUUGGCCAGCGGGUGAUACAGGUCGCUUGCGGCAGCAGAGACGCGCAGACGAUGGCGUUGACCGCCGACGGUUCGGUGUAUUCGUGGGGCGACGGUGAUUUCGGUAAGCUCGGUCGAGGAGGUAGCGACGGGUGUUACACGCCUCUGCUGGUGGAUCGACUGAACGGUUUGGGCGUGGUACAGAUCGAAUGCGGGGCUCAAUUCUCCCUCGCGUUGACCAAAUACGGCGAGGUUUGGACAUGGGGCAAAGGGGAUUACUUUCGACUCGGCCAUGGGAACGAUCAUCACGUGCGAAAACCUACGCUAGUCGAGGGCCUCCGAGGGAAGAAGGUGAUUCACGUGGCCGUCGGCGCCCUCCAUUGUUUGGCGGUGACGGACACGGGUCAGGUGUACGCGUGGGGCGACAACGAUCACGGACAACAGGGAAACGGAUCGACGAUCGUCAACAAGAAACCGUCGUUGGUUCACGAACUCGACGACGCGAGAGUGAACCGAGUCUCUUGCGGCUCGAGUCACAGCAUCGCUUGGGUAUUGACCGACCAACCGGCGGCGAACAAUCAAGAACCGGUCACCUUCCCGACGGCGAAGGAUCCGCUCGGUCAGGCGUCGCUCAGAUUGAAAAACAUCCUCGACACCGAGGCCGAGGGAGACAGAGAGAUCGAGACCGAGACGGAAACGUGCGCCGUACCGUCUUCUUCCAAGAGCAUCGUUCCCGGUAACAGUAACGUCGGCGACGUUGCCGACGUCGCUACCUCCGUCAACAGACCUUCCCUAUCGAGCAUUAUCCUCUCGUUGGAGAGCGACGUCGCGAAACAACAAGCGUUGCAACACGUGAUAAACGCUCUUCGUAUAAUACAAGCAAGAGUAGCCGUGGUAACGGCGUUACAAAGUCACUCGACGUUGAGAUCGUCGAGCAACAACAACAACAGCAACAGCAACAACAACAACAACAACAACGCCGUCGGAGGCCGGUGCGUCAGAGGCAGCGUGAACGUUGCCGGUGGCGGAGGCGACUCGGCGAUACCGGUCACGGACGGACCGAUCGUUGCCGGUUCGAACAUCGCCGGUGGACACAGUCACGUUUAUCAGAACGUGGGAGAAAGCGCGCAAGGUGGCGGAGAAGCGCCCGCGAACGCCGCCGAUCUUGUCAAUAUGGUCGGUAGCCCCAGGACGAGUCCCGAAUCGGAGGAUUAUCCGUUAGCGGUGUUCCCUUCGAUGUCGAGUUCGGCGAGUUUGUCGUCGCGCGCUUCAAAAAUGUCGACCAGCGCGAUGAGCGUGAUCGCGGCCACGCUUACCUCGAACGCGCAAAUAGUCGGCGAGGGGGCAGCAGCCGGCAAUUCGAAUCUGGACGACUUCACCUGCGCGUUGACCGAAGAAGACGCCAGGAUGCUGGUCGAUCUGCUGAAGUUGGCCGUUGCCAAUCGAAUAUGCAAAGGUGCGAAGGAAACCAUAUCCUCGGUACUGAUCGGGCUAGCGAAAUCGAACAACGCGAUCCGCAACAUGGUAUUAGAGCUUUGCAUCACGGAACUCGAAGACACGGUGGCGAACUCGAACAACAGGAGUAACGUGCCGCAACCGGUUCUACAGGAGAGUCCGCAUCCGUACGUGGAUGGCACCACGUUGACCGGUCACGUAAAGAUUCCUGGCGCGGAGGCGCUCAGAAUCGAAUUCGAUCGGCAUUGUUCGACCGAGCGAAGACACGAUCCGUUGACCAUCAUGGACGGGAACAACCGCGUGGUCGCGGUGAAAUCCGGCCGUAAAUGGAGCGAAUGGGCCGCCGAGAUUCGAAUUCCCGGCGACGAGCUCAGAUGGCGAUUUUCUUCGGACGGCUCGGUGAACGGUUGGGGAUGGCGGUUCACCGUGUAUCCGGUACUCGCGAGCCUCGCACCGCACGAACUCGUCUCGGACAGAGCGGUUCUCUCGCAGCCGUCCAUCGUGCUCGCGGAAUGCCUUCUCGACAACGGUUUAAUCAAUUCGGACAGGAACGCGGCGACUCGACUCGCGGCCACUUUAGCCCAGUGCAGUCAAUUAAGCGCGUUAUCGGCGCGGCAACGAAUGUGGGCGUUGAAGAAAUUACAAGUGGUAUACACCACCGGGCCAGGUAUACGUCCGGAAAUCGCGCUCUCCUCUCUUCUCGGCUCUCUGCCGCAGGCGUUGCUCAAACAGUACGCUUACGAAGAUCCACUGGUUCGCGGUGGAAAGCAGUUGAUGCACAGCGACUUUUUCAAAGUUCUCGUCGCGCUCGCCUGCGACCUUGAACUCGACGAGACGCAGUGUUGUUCGGAGAUUCACAAAUGGUCUUGGUUUCGAAGAUACUGUCUCUCGGCUCGUGUCGCUAAAUCGCUGGUCAAUCGAACGCCCCUUCCGAAACCCUUCUGCCUCGAAGUUACCAAACGAAUAAACGAGAUGAUCACCGACGGAGAGGGAAAUACCAAGGAUCACGAGAAUCACCAGUUGUUCAAACAGGAGCACGACGAACAAUUGUUGCAGUGGUUGAACCGACGACCGGAAGAUUGGACAUUGUCGUGGGAUGGAUCCGGCGCGAUCUACGGUUGGGGUCACAAUCAUCGCGGGCAACUGGGCGGCCUCGAAGGGGCCAAAGUCAAGUUGCCGGUUCUCUGCGAGAGUCUGUCCGCUCUUCGACCCGUUCAGCUCACCGGCGGAGAACAAACUCUGUUCGCGGUUACCGCCGAUGGGAAAGUUUACGCGACCGGCUACGGCGCGGUCGGACGUCUCGGGAUCGGAGGCACGGAUUCCGUGAUGAUGCCGACACUUUUAGAAUCCAUACAACACGUGUUCGUGAAGAAGGUUGCCGUCAAUUCGGGAGGUAAGCAUUGCCUCGCUUUGAGUUCCGAGGGUCACGUAUACUCGUGGGGAGAAGGCGACGAUGGCAAGCUAGGCCACGGCAACAGAUUGUCCUACGACCGACCGAAAUUGAUCGAAGAGCUGCUCGGCACCGAGAUCGUCGAUGUAGCCUGUGGUGGUCAUCACAGUGCGGCCAUCACCAGCGCCGGCUGGCUCUACACCUGGGGAAAAGGUCGGUACGGACGUUUGGGCCACGGAGACAGCGAAGAUCAGUUGACACCGAAGCUGGUCGAAGCUUUACAAGAUUAUAAAGUGAUCGACGUCGCGUGCGGAAGCGGAGACGCGCAAACCCUUUGCGUCACCGACGACGACAACGUUUGGAGCUGGGGCGACGGAGAUUAUGGGAAACUGGGCAGAGGGGGGAGCGACGGUUGUAAAGUCCCGAUGAAAAUCGAAUCUCUCGCGGGUCUCGGCGUGAUCAAAGUCGAAUGCGGUAGUCAGUUCUCCGUAGCCUUAACGAGAUCCGGUUCCAUAUAUACGUGGGGCAAAGGAGAUUAUCACCGUUUGGGCCAUGGUACGGACGAUCACGUGCGGAGGCCGCGCAAAGUAGCCGCGCUCCAAGGGAAAAAGAUCAUCUCCAUCGCGACCGGCUCGUUGCAUUGCGUAGCAUGUUCCGACAAAGGAGAAGUUUUUACCUGGGGAGACAACGACGAAGGCCAGUUAGGCGACGGAACGACCUGCGCUCUCCAGAGACCGAGACUGGUUCACGCGUUACAAGGUAAAAAGAUAACGCGAGUCGCUUGCGGUAGCGCUCACACUUUAGCCUGGAGUACGAUGAAGGCUACGCAAAGCAGAAUGCCUGCCACUACACCGAUGGAGUACGAUCUAGUGAAAGAUCUUCCGUUCCCCGUCUUGCACAAUCGGUUGGUGCUUCUUCACCACUUCGCCGAACUGCUUUGCCCCUGUCUACCGAUGUUUCCGAUCACCGGGCCCAUCAGUCUCAGCAAACUGGCUCCGAUAUUAGUCUACAGCAUCAAAGAAGCAACCUUUCGUAAAGUCGUUCAGGCAACGAUGGUCAGAGAUCGACAACACGGGCCGGUAAUCGAAUUGAAUCGGAUACAAGUUAAACGAGCCAGAGGCAAAGGUGGAUUCGCCGGCCCGGAUGGCAUCAAAUCGGUCUUUGGUCAAAUGGUCUCGAAAAUGUCUCUGUUGACGCAGGAUGUUCUCUUCUUUCCCCACAGAGUGUGGAAAGUGAAAUUCAUCGGAGAGAGCGUGGACGAUUGCGGUGGCGGAUAUAGCGAAAGCAUCGCCGAAAUGUGCGACGAAUUACAAAACGGUUCCUUACCGUUGCUUAUACCGACACCGAACGGCCGAGACGACAACGGUACCAACAGAGAUUGUUUCCUCCUGAAUCCGGCCGCCGAUUCGCCCUUGCAUCUCAACAUGUUUCGAUUUCUCGGAAUUCUCAUGGGCAUAGCUAUUAGAACCGGUAGCCCGUUGAGUUUGAAUCUGGCAGAGCCUGUAUGGAAACAACUGGCCGGUGUACCGUUAACUCCUGCGGACUUGACCGAAGUCGAUAGAGACUAUGUUCCUGGAUUAUUGUGCAUUCGAGACAUGGAUCCCGAUGAAAAGGUAUUCCAAACUCUCGAAAUGCCUUUCUCUACGCCAUCCGCUUUAGGCCACGAUGUACCUUUAUCCAGUAGGUACAGAAAAAUUACGCCGGAAAAUAAACACGAGUACGUUCAACUGGCAUUGGAUUAUAGGCUACGCGAAUUCGAUGCUCAAGUGGCCGCUGUACGCGAAGGAAUGUCGAAAGUCAUACCCGUGCCCUUCCUCGCGUUGUUUAGCGGAUCCGAACUGGAAACGAUGGUCUGCGGUAGUCCAGAUAUACCGCUUACUCUGUUAAAAUCCGUUGCAACUUAUAAAGGCAUCGAAGCGACCUCUCCCUUGAUUCAAUGGUUUUGGGAAGUAAUGGAAGAAUUCUCUAAUCAGGAAAGAUCGUUAUUUUUACGAUUCGUUUGGGGUAGAACUCGUUUACCGCGUACCAUUGCUGACUUCCGAGGAAGAGAUUUUGUAUUACAGGUAAUGGAUAAGUAUAAUCCGCCGGAUCACUUUCUCCCUGAAAGUUACACGUGUUUCUUUCUUCUGAAAAUGCCGAGGUAUUCGUGUAAACCGGUGUUGCGACAAAAAUUAAAAUACGCGAUACAUUUUUGUAAAAGUAUCGAUACCGAUGAGUAUGCUAGAGUACAAGCUGCAACCAAUUCAGACACCGAGGAAACGGACAAUCUUUCUAGCGAAGAGUAUACGUCGCUUUAACGUGAUCGAUACCUUACUCUCUUCCAUACGAUCAAGUCAUACUUUUUUAUUGUAAUCUAUUUUCACUGUCGUUGCAUUCAGCCUAUGCGUGCACGUUAUCGAACAUCUUUCCCGUCGUUUAUGCGUGUAAUUUAUAAGUAUCAGUUAAUCGAGAACGAUUCUUUCCGAGUCCCUUUUAUUUCGAUAUAUCCAGGACAGUAAUUAUGCUAUUGUAAAAGUUAAAUAGGAGUUACAUUCGCGAUCGCGCCUAGCAAUAAUUCUUGUUUGUAUCUGUUUAAUUCUUAAAUCUGCGAGUCCCCGUUCAUUUUAUUCGUUUCUCGAUGUAACCACGAGAAAUUACGAGGAAUUACUCGUCUCCGUUAACGACAUAAUUGUUGAACAUAAUUAUGUUUGAAAUCGAACAGAGGCUAGCUGAUAAUACUAAGUGUAUUCUCGGACGAUAACAAUCUGAAAAAGACUGUUUCCGACGCUACGAGUUCGUUAUUAUUCAAGCUCGGCCAAAAUCGAUCACUAUUACGUUUUUACGAAUACGCCUAGUACUAAAUAAAACUACCAUGUACGCGAUAAUAAUUAAAGAUAUGCAUUAUUAUUUA